AUGAAAAUUCCGUUCUUUUCAUGGCUCUUCUUGAUACCAAUAUGCUCACUUUUUGUCAACUUUCCUGUCUUUGUGGUGUCUGGCCAAUGUCGCGGUGAUCAGCGAUCCUAUUUGCUCGAUAUGAAGAAAAACCUCAAAUUCGACACAACUGGGUCCACAAAACUAGUGCAUUGGACUGAAAGUACUGAUUGCUGUUCGUGGGAAGGGGUCACCUGCAAUGGGGGACUUGUUGUUGGCCUCAACUUGGCCAACGAAUCAAUCUCUGACGGACUUGACAAUUCAAGUAGCCUUUUCUGCUUGCAGUAUCUCCAAAACCUGAAUUUGGCUGAUAACGAACUCGUCGAUUCUCCAAUUCCUCCAGAGUUUGGAAAUCUGACGAAUUUGAGGUAUUUAAACCUAUCAUAUGCUAGCUUUGGGGGGCAGAUUCCCAUUGAGAUUUCACGUCUCACAAGGUUGGUUUCUCUCGAUUUGUCUGCUUUUUCUAUCUGUAUGCUGAAACUUGAGAAUCCAGAUUUAGCUUCGUUAGUUCACAACCUUACGUCGCUUACAGAACUUUAUCUGGAUGGUGUUAAUAUAUCAUCUCAAGGGAAUGAGUGGUGCCAGGCCGUAUCAUCUUCACUCCCAAAUCUAAGGGUGUUGAGCAUGAUAGGUUGCAAUCUUCAGGGGCCUCCAGAUUCCUCCUUACUCAAGCUUCACUCUCUCUCAAUUAUUAGUCUCGAUGGGAACAAUUUUUCUGCUCCAGUUCCAGAAUUUUUUUCCUAUUUUAGAAAUUUAACAUCCUUGUGUCUCAGUAACUGUGGAUUGAAUGGACAAUUUCCGAAAAAGAUCUUCCAGAUUCCAACCUUGCAGACGAUAGACUUAUCAUCUAAUGAAAUUCUCGGUUCUUUGCCUGAAUUUCAUCCAAAUGGUUCUCUUCAGUCGCUGGUGCUUAGUGGUACAAGCUUUUCAGGGGCACUUCCUGAUUCUAUUGGCAACCUUAAAAGGUUGUCCAAAAUAGAUCUCUCAGGGUGCAACUUCUCUGGAUCUAUCCCAAAUUCCAUGGCAAAUCUUACUCAAUUGGUUCAUUUGGACUUAUCAUCAAACAGCUUCACUAGAUCUAUCCUAAAUUCCAUGGCAAAUCUUACUCAAUUGGUUCAUUUGGACUUAUCAUCAAACAGCUUCACUGGAUCUAUCCUAAAUUCCAUUGCAAAUCUUCCUCAAUUCGUUCAUUUGGACUUAUCAUUAAACAGAUUCACUGGAUCAAUGCCAAACUCCAUGACAAAUCUUACCCGAUUGUUUGUUUUAUGCAUAUCAUCAAACAGUUUCACUGGAUCUAUCCCAAACUUCAUGGCAAAUCUUACUCAAUUGGUUGAUUUUGAUAUGUCAUCAAACAGCUUCAUCGGACCAAUCCCAUCAUUCAACAUGGCAAAGAAUCUGGACAUGAUAGAUCUUUCUGAUAAUCAUUUGACAGGUCAGUUUACUUUCACUCACUGGAAAGAGCUUCCAAGUCUGGUGUUCCUUAAUUUGUCCAAUAACAAAUUGUCUGGUCAAAUCCAUGAAUUUUCCAAUUCUUCUUUCCCAGUGGAAUGGCUUGAUUUGAGUAGGAACUAUUUGGAAGGGCCCAUACCCACUUCUAUUGGUAAACUCCAAUAUCUUAAGAUCCUAUAUCUUUCUUCAAAUAAUUUUAAUGGCUCCUUUCAACUUAAUGUGUUUCAGUUGACAAAUCUUAUUGAGCUUGAUCUUUCUGACAAUGGCUUGUUGAUUGAAUAUAAUGGAACGAAUUCUUCAUUAUCCCCCUUUUCCUUUAUUGAGUCAUUGCGAUUGGCUUCUCUCAAGUUAAAAACAUUUCCUAGUUUCUUGAGAAACCAAACCAGUUUACUAUAUUUAGACCUUUCUAGAAACCAGAUACAUGGAGAGAUACCAAACUGGAUUUGGGAACUUGAUCUUACACAUUUAAAUCUCUCAUAUAACUACCUUGAAGGACCUCUACUCAAUCUUUCAUCAUUAGGUAUAAUAGACCUUCGGUCCAACCAAUUCCAAGGGCAACUCCCAACUCCCCUACCAUCUUGUUCGUAUCUGGACUUGUCAUGGAAUAAUUUUAGCUCUGUUAUACCAGCUGGCUUUGGUAACUCUCUUUCUUACACUAAAUUCUUAUCUCUUUCAAGCAAUAAACUUAAUGGGCAUAUCCCUGAAGCAAUAUGCAAUGCUACAUCUCUUAAAAUUCUAAAUCUGUCUAAUAAUUCCUUAAGUGGCACAAUUCCCCACUGCCUCAUUGCAAUGAGUGAAACUCUAAAGGUUCUAAAUCUAAGGAGAAACAACCUCACUGGCAAAAUAUCAGAUGUAUUUCCAAGCAAUUGUGGUUUACGAACUUUGAGUCUCAAUAGAAACCUACUAGAAGGGAUGGUACCAAAUUCUCUUGCCAAUUGCAUAAAUUUGGAGUUAUUGGACAUUGGGAACAACCGGAUACAAGAUGAGUUCCCAUGUCACUUGAAAGACAUAUCCAGUUUGCGUGUCCUUAUCUUGAGAUCAAACAAAUUUUAUGGUUCUGUUGGUUGUGGAGGGCUGAAUGCAACUUGGUUGAUACUUCAAAUUGUAGACCUUGCUUCAAAUAACUUUAGUGUGCAGAGACGUUUUUCACGGUUGGAUCCAAUACGCCUUCGGAAAUCACUGAAGCGUAUUAUCAAGAUGAAAUAG